UGCAAGGCUCCGAAUUUAGCCUGGUUCCAUUCAUAAUGAUGCAAACCCAUCCAGAGUUAAUGACUUCAUGGCUUUUCCUUAGCAAAUGUGUCAAGGAAGGUGGCACUGCUUUCAGCCAGGUCCAUGGUUGUGAGAUAAUAGACUUUGCCCAAAAGAACCCUAAAUUCAAUAAAAUGUUCAAGGAUGCAAUGGCAUGCACGGCCAAGCUUGAGGCAGAGGGCAUCUUAUGGGGAUACAGAGAUGGGUUUAGUUCCAUUAAUGGCUCGUUGGUGGAUGUGGGAGGUGGGACUGGUGAGAUGGCGGCUAAGAUUGUGAAAGCACACCCACACGUCAAAGCCAUCAACUUCGAUCUGCCUCAUGUUAUCACAACAGCACCAAUGCACCAAGGGGUCUCCCAUGUCGAGGGUAACAUUUUUGGGGCCAUUCCUAAUGCCGAUGCAAUUCUAUUAAAGAGAGUACUCCAUGGUUUUAGCGAUGAAGAUUGCAUCAAGAUCUUGAAAAACUGUGCAAAGAAAAUACCAAAGAAGACUGGGAAGAUUAUUAUUGUGGAACAUGUUCUAGAGCCCAACGGAAAUGGACCAUUUGAUGAGACAGGCUUAGUAAUGGAUUUGUUAAUGAUGAUUCUCACCUCGAGUGGAAAGGAGAGGACAGAGUUGGAUUGGAAGAAAUUGCUCAAAGAAGGAGGCUUUUCCCACCACAAGAUCAUCAAGAUUCCUGCUUUUCUAUCAAUUAUAGAGGCCCACCCAGCAUGAAAUUAAUAGAGAAUUAGUAAAGUCUCUUAAUUUAUAUGAUAUGGCUAGCUAUUGCAGCAAUGAAUAAAAACAAAGAAAUAAAGAGUUUUGAGUUUUUA